GCAACACAUGUUACCAUCAAAGGCCACCCAAGACAGCCUAUACCAAGCACAUACACAAUCCAACUCGAAGUGAGCUAUCUUUUCGUACCAUGGGUUUUGAAUGCAAAUCUCCAGCAGAACCCAUCACUCUUGCAGUAGUAGGAUGCGGUCAACGUGGCAAGAACUACUCUGCCUAUCCAUUGGACGAACCCCACAAAUGCAAAGUAGUCGCUAUCGCCGAACCUCGCCCAAAGACGCGUCAACUAUUCGCAGAUGCUCAUGGAGUCGAUGACACUCUUGUUUUUAAAACAUGGCAAGAUUUGCACAAAGCAUCAGCAGAGACUAUCGAAACAGUCGGGAAACGGCUGGCUGAUGCAGUUAUCGUUGCUGUCCAAGACAAAAUGCAUCUCGAGGUGGUGCUUGCAUUCGCUGAACAAGGGUAUCACAUUUUGUGUGAGAAACCAAUGGCUACGAGCUUGGAGGACUGCCUGAAGAUAGAGGCAGCUGUGAAGAACGCUGAUAUCAUAUUUGGCAUGGGACAUGUUUUGCGUUAUUCCCCGUACAACAAAGCUCUCACGGAGGUAGUACACUCAAGGGAGCUUGGGGAGCUCGUGAAUGUGGUUCACGUCGAACCAGUUGGUUAUUAUCAUUUUGCACACUCGUAUGUACGUGGAGACUGGUCCAAAGAAGCUGAAAGUUCUUUCUCUCUCAUGACGAAGAGUUGCCAUGAUAUUGAUAUCUUAUGUCAUUGGCUGUCACCUGCUAUUCCCACUCGUGUCUCUUCCUUCGGAUCGCUCAACCACUUUUCUAAAGCCAAGAAACCGUCAACAGCUGGAGAUGCGUUGCGCUGUUUGGACUGUUCGAUCAACGAAGAAUGUCCUUAUAGUGCGAAGAGAAUUUAUCUUGAACCUGUUUCUCGUGGCAACACGCGUUGGCCCGCGAGCACGAUCGUGGAUGGUAUUCCAGAUAUUGAGAACAUUACCGAUGCUUUGCGGAGUGGACCUUAUGGUCAGUGUGUAUAUGAGAGCGACAAUGACGUCUGUGACAAUCAGGUGGUGAACAUCGAGUUUUCAUCUGGGGCUACUGUCUCUUUCACCAUGGUUGCACAAACAUCCCUCAUUUGCGAUCGUCAAACGCGUCUGCACUUCACACAUGGCGAGAUUGUUGGCGAUAUGUCUCAGUUCACUGUUACGAACUUUCGGACUGGCCAGGCGACUACCUAUCACCCGAAAAAUGAAGGUGGAGGUCAUGGUGGAGGGGACUUGGGAUUGAUACGAACAUUUGUCGAGGCAGUCAGAACUGGGAAGCAAGAGUUGCUUGGGACUCACGUGAGUGAAGUAUUGAACAGUCACUUGACAGUGUUCGCUGCGGAGCACAGUCGGAAGGAAGGGAAGGUUGUCAACUGCGCCGACUUUACGCAGGCUGCCAGGGGGGGACUAGGGAUGUGACCGCGCAUGUCAAUUCAAUGAAAGAUACCGUGUCGGACAAUGUUCCUGCGCAAGAUGCGCAGCGCCGUCGGCAGGUACCAGAUAUAUUUAAGUUGUAGACGUAAUGCAGAUGUGGGUGUUGAAUCUGUAGACCUUAAAGGUGCCUUCUU